AUGUAAUGAAAUUAUUAUUCAUUUCCAAAAAGAGAAGAAGAAGACAAAGACACGACCAUAACAGAACCUAGUUUGUCGAAGCCUCAAUUCUUACUUUUGUUCUUUCUGUCGACUUCCAAGUUUUCUAGUUAAGAUGAUCAUGACCAAAUUGGGUGUCCUGGUUGCUGUUUCAAUUGCAGCUUAUGCAAUUAAGCAGCUCACAAUCAGAUCAUGGAGUUCAUCAGCCUUGCCCACCAACUGUUCAGAAAAUGGAGAAGGCACAGAGAAGAAUGGCUUGGAUGUAGAAGAACAGAAAGGUAAUUCAAUAAAUGGUGCAGCUAGCCAAGUUAGUGGUAGUUCCUCUGAUCCUGAACUUAGAGAGCUUCUACCACGAGAUUCUGAAAGUCGGUUGCUUGAUUACAACAAGAAAGAAGAAGGCAAAGUGCCUGAAUCCCACAUGGAAAACAAUAAGAUUGAGUUGCAAAGAUUGCUUAAACUAGUGAUGGAAUUGGAGGAGAGGAAAGUAAAGCUUGAAGAUGAAUUGCUAAUGUACGACAGAUUGAAGGACGGUAAAUCCGAUGGCACGGAGUUACRAAAGGAGCUUGAGGCCAAGGAUGAAGACAUGAGUAUGCUUAAUAUCACAAUCAGCUCUUUGCAGGCUGAGAGGAAGAAGCUUCAAGAGGAGAUAGUGAAGGGAGCAUUUAUGAAGAAGGAACUAGAGGAGGCAAAGGGCAAGAUCAAGGAGCUGCAGAGGCAGCUUCAGCUUGAUGCAAACCAAACAAAAGAACAUUUAUCAUCACUCAAACGACGAGUUUCCACUUUGCAGGCAAAAGAGGAAGAGGCCGUCAAGAAAGAAGCUCAACUUUAUCGGAAACUGAAAGCGGCGAAGGGAUUCGAGUUAGAACUUGGGGAGCUUAAGCAGAAGAAUCGACAGCUUCAACGUGAAAAGGAGGAACUAACUUCUAAGCUAGAAGUUAUGGAGGCUAGAAUCACAACUCUCACUACAUUGACAGAGAGUGAAAUCAUCACUGAGGAAAGAGAGGAGGSCCGAAAGUUAAGGCGGGCAAAUGAGGAACUGACUAAGCAACUCGAAGGGCUUCAGAUGAAUAGGUUUAGUGAAGUUGAAGAGUUAGUGUACCUUCGUUGGGUGAAUGCUUGCUUGAGGUAUGAGCUUCGAGACAACGAGACAUUGGGAGGCGAAUCUGCUCUUGAUCUGAGUAAGAGUUUAAGUCCAAAGUCGAAAGAGAAGGCAAAACAACUCAUGUUAGAGUAUGCAGGAUUGGGAUUUGGACAAUUGGAAACAGAUCAUGAAAGCAACUUUUCCCAUCCAACAUUCUCUUCUGGGAUUGAAGAUUUUGACAAUACUUCAAGUGGUAGUUCAAGAAGCAGAACCAGUAGUUUCAGAUGGAAGGAUCCUUUAGAAGCAGCGGUGGCUCAUAGUACUGAAACUUUAACAACUCCCUCAGAAGUAAAAUUCCAAGUUUCUUCAAGAAACUCUGUCAAUUCAGUUGCCACAUCAUUCCAACCGAUGUCUCAAUCAGCCGAGGAAAGUGUAAAACAGAAAUAUUCAGCUUAUAAAGAGCAUCAUAAGUUGAAUAUAGGGAGAGGGAGAGAGAAGCAGAUCAAGGAAAAAGCUGAGAAAGAAAGGGUAAAAAAUUCCUGUUACUGGGAACCCGAGUUUGUUCGAUUCGAUCAAAAAUUGAUGAAAGCUGAGGUGAAAGCUGAUAUGGAGACUGAAGGAGAUUUGGUUAUGCCAUUGACAAUGGAUGUAAAAGCAGUUUCUUUCACCAACAUGGAAGAUGUCGUCUCAUUCGUAAUCUGGCUCGACCAAAAAACAUCUUCCUUGGUUGAUGAAAGAGUGAUGAUUCUCGAGCACUUCGAUUGGCCCGAGGGCAAAUCAGAUGCAUUGAGAGAAGCAGCGUUGGAAUAUCAGAACCUGAUGAAACUAGGAGAGGAAGUCUCUUCUUUUGUUGACAGCCCCAAACUCACACGUGAAGUUGCUUUGAAGACAAUGCACUCCUUGCUACAUAAGAUGGAGCAGAGUGUCCAUGCAGUCUUACGUAAUAGGGAGAUGGCGAUUUCGCAAUACGAGGAACUUGGAAUUCCAGUUGAUUGGUUGUUGGAUUCUGGAGUUGUUGGCAAGAUGAAAGUUUUAAGUGUAGAAUUGGCAAGGAAGUACAUGAAACGCAUACUAAAUGAAGUUAAUGCACUGAGUGGACCUCACAAAGAACCAAACAGAGAAUUUUUGCUGCUGCAAGGAGUGCGUUUUGCUUCUCGUGUUCACCAGUUUGCAGGAGGCUUUGAUGUAGAAAGCAUGAAGGCUUUUGAAGAGCUGAGGAAUCGUAUCCAUACAGAAGCAGGACAGAARCAAUGAAUUGAACAUCAUAUUCUCCUCAGUUUCUUUUUUAUUCUUAUUCUUUUGAACUUUAGCUAAUUACUUUGUAGUUUUAGUAGAUUAAUCUUCACCAAAUUUAUGUAAUUAGAAUAAGAUCACAUGUUGAAUGAGAAUGUUAAUAAUUGAU